CUCCCUCAUCUCUAUGGUUCUCCUCGGCUCGCUAGAGGGCGUCUGGUCCAUUGGAGGACUCCCUAACAUUCUUCCUUCAUUACCUCACUGCCUCAGGUGGCUGCUGGGAUACCGGAGGAGUCGGGUCCCGGCUGGACUCAGUCCUCCAGCCGCCCGGGGAAUACCUCUAGUUCUUCCUGGCCACAGCCGUCGCUUCCUCCUCCGCCCGCCGGUCCCCUUCGCCCCGCCCGGUCUGCGCCGUGCGUCUGGCCCGCCGGCGGGCCUGCUUUUCUCGGGAGCCCCCACCCAGGCGCAUGGCUCCAUGAAGCAGGAGGAGGAGGCAGAGCUCGAGAGGUCCUGUCCGCCCCGGCCGAAUCUGGGCCAGGAGAAAAGGUACAGAAAGAAGGAAUGGAAUUGGAAGGAAGAAAAUUCAUUCCAGAGACAAAGUAGUUCCCGUCCUCUGUUGUAGCUGUUCCUCUGGCAAUAUAAACUUUCCUGCUUUCAGGUUCUGCAGCAUUCCAGACCAAGAGCACCGAAUCAGGAUGGGAAAAAGACGUUGUGUUCCUCCACUCGAGCCCAAGUUGGCAGCAGGCUGUUGUGGGGUCAAGAAGCCCAAAUUAUCUGGAAGUGGAACGCACAGUCACGGGAACCAGGCCACUACUGUCCCCGGCUCUAGUUCAGGACCUCUUCAAAACCACCAGCAUGUGGACAGCAGCAGUGGACGGGAGAAUGUGUCGGACCUAACUCUGGGACCUGGAAACUCUCCUAUCACACGAAUGAAUCCCGCAUCGGGAGCGCUGAGCCCUCUCCCCCGGCCCAAUGGAACUGCCAAUACCACUAAGAAUUUGGUGGUGACUGCAGAGAUGUGCUGCUACUGCUUUGAUGUACUCUACUGUCACCUGUAUGGCUUCCCACAGCCUCGACUUCCUAGAUUCACCAAUGACCCCUAUCCUCUCUUUGUGACGUGGAAGACAGGGCGGGACAAGCGGCUUCGUGGCUGCAUUGGGACCUUCUCAGCCAUGAAUCUUCAUUCAGGACUCAGGGAAUACACGUUAACCAGUGCACUUAAGGACAGCCGAUUUCCCCCCUUGACCCGAGAGGAGCUGCCUAAACUUUUCUGCUCUGUUUCCCUCCUUACUAACUUUGAGGAUGCCAGUGAUUACCUGGACUGGGAGGUAGGGGUCCAUGGGAUUCGAAUUGAAUUUAUCAAUGAAAAAGGCGUCAAACGCACAGCCACGUAUUUACCUGAGGUUGCUAAGGAACAAGACUGGGAUCAGAUCCAGACAAUAGACUCCUUACUCAGGAAAGGUGGCUUUAAGGCUCCAAUUACCAGUGAAUUCAGAAAAACGAUCAAACUCACCAGGAAUAAUCACCUUGCAGUGGAGGAGUGAUUACAGUGGGAAAGAGAUGGCUCUGGGUACAGAAGUGAGAAGGUGACAAUCAGUUAUGCAGAGUAUAUUGCUUCUCGACAGCACUGUUUCCAGAAUGGCACUCUUCAUGCCCCGCCCCUCUACAAUCAUUACUCCUGACACACGGCUGCAUGACCAGUCCCACCCCCCUGUGGCCACCAAUGGCUAUGACAUCAUUGGAGCAGAUGCCUCCUCUUCCUGGUCCAGUUACUUCUAUUACUGCACCAUUUUAUGAUGCUAGCUUCCGUUGCCAAGGCUGCCUCCCACUGACUGAGGGAGUGUGGGGUUACACUGAAUGAAGCAGAACUUGAGGGGCCCAAGCCUUAUCUCAGCCUUUCCUCAGUAUGGGGUUCCAUUGGAUGGGGCUUCUCCAUGACUAGUGAGAAUCGCUGUGUGGGUGCUGAAGACCCUGGUCUGGUGAUUUGCCACGUGUGGUUGGCCACACACUGGAAUUAGAGUUGAUGAUCCAUGGAGGUUUACCCCACACACACUGAGCCUCCCAGAUGAAAUAGGUGUUCCCCUGGCAGUCUGGGCAACGGAGACCAACAAGAAACAUUUUUAGGUUGUUUUAAAUUCCUUUUUUUAAACUUCCAGUUUAUUGCAUACCAAGAGUUGAUAACAACCUCCAUGCUUCAUAAGUGGACGCCAUGUUAGGGUUGAGCGUGGGCACCAUGAGUCCUCUGAGGCUCUUGGACAGAGACCCACACCAAGACCGGAAGCCCUUCAGAUGGCGUUGCAGAUCUCAUUGCUCAAUAAGCUGCGAAGGUUAAAAUUCUCACCCCACUCUCAGUUGGAUCGUCUGGCACUCUUCCUGCAAGAAAGUCUCCUGGUGUUACAUGGAGCUCUGUGGUGUGGCCUGCGGAGGAAUGGAGUGGAGAUGCCCAUGGGAGGUCCUGGUGUCAUCGAUAUUUGAGGUGUGAAAGGAGAGAGCUCUUCCUCACCCCCCGGCUACCUCACUCCUACUGGUAGCAGUGCCUAUAUAGCUGGAUCUGGGUUCUCAGAAGCACAGGUGUGCAAAUGGGUGGCUGGGUUGGGCUCAUUGUCAUAGAGAAUCCAGGGUCUCUGAGCUGGUUUUCUUUUCAGGCAAACAUCCUGAGGGACCUUUAAGCACGCAAGUUCAUUUUUCUAGUUUGCCUAAAGUAGGAAGACUGUUGAUGUUUCUGUCCUUUUAUAAGACUCUAGAGCAAAGCUGUGUAAUUCAACAAGGUGAAUCUUUAUCUUGCCUACCAUGCUGGGAGUUUUAACCCCACCAUGGCAUAUUUCCAAAUUGUUCAUUUUUCUCUGGGUCACUUAAACUUUAAUGUGACAUUUCCCUUCUCCUUGUUUGCUGAUUUCCAAAUAGCUGUCAUUUAGUUUUUCUGUCUUGCCUCUUCACUCAUUUGGUGGCAAAGUUCAUAGAACUAGGGGAUUUGGCAGAGGCUUUGAAAGCACUGUCUCAAAAGCACUGCUAGAGUGACUCACAGGAAGAGGUGGCCAGCUGAAGAGAGGAUGAUCCUGAGAACAAUACACUGGUUUUCAACAACAUGCUUAGAGAACUCUUGAAGUGGAUCAGGUGUCAACCCAGUGAACACGUAUUUUCAUUUAAUUUAUUUUUUAGUUUAUAUGUUGAUGAUGUGGCUUUCCAAAAUGGGCAUAUAUUCAAGUUUAAAGAUCCUUUGAGCUUUCUUCUGCCAGGAAGUGAGGAGGCAAAGUGGGACACAAUCUAAGAAGGCGUUGCCCUACAGUUUCUGGAAAGGAAUCAGUCAGGGAGAGCAGGUUUGUGCUGCUGGCAAGGACCUGGGGUAUAUGGGAAGACUUGGGUGACAUCAGGGUGCCCAAGCUGUGCCCCCUUCAUUUCUGUGCUGGGUUGCCAUGGCCUGCCAUGGUCCCCUUGCAGUGUAGAUGAAGGUGAAGGGGUCGUCUCAUUAUGACCUGCUGCUGAGGAUAAUGUCCUGUUACAGAUGUGACAACAGAUAACUCUUAGGUGCCAUGGAUUGAUGUCAGGGUGGUCAGUUCUGGACUAAGCCACCCGCCUCCAAUUUGUACAACAGUAUUGAUACAUAGGGCUACACUCAUUACUGUUCAAGUGUUCUAUGUUAAAAGUUGUGUUUGAUUUCUAAAGAUUUAAAAAAGCAAAAAAAUUGGUGCUAAACUUUCACCCCUGAGCACGCUCAGUGAGACUGGUCAUGCAAGCAUUUACAAUGCCAUGCUCCUCAAGCCUAUUUUUCUUGUAGAAAUGUUGCCCUAUUUGUCUUCCCUGAUGUAUAGUAUGUAUUUUAUUUUAUUUUAUUUUAUUGAGGGUGGGGUAGGAUACCUGCCAUUUAAGAAAAUAAAAAAUUUAAACCCCCAAAAUGGGGGGGAAAAAAUCAGUGCACAAGAAUAGGGCUGGUGAAGCCCAGCAUCACACUGAAGUAGGCUCAGUGGUUUUGGAGUGAAGAAGCCUUACUCCCUGCACAUUCCCUCAUGCUCCCAGCAAGUCCAGCAGUGGAGAUGUGUGAGCUCCUCUUGUCUUGUCAAGGGGGUUCAGAAGUCAGCCAAGGGAAACUACAUGUGCCCUGUCAGAGUCCAUCCUGAGCAGGGCGUAGUCAGGAAGCAGUCUGGAAGUGUGUGGUCACAGGGGCCUCAUGGAAACGUGGGACUGGUGGCUCUCAGGAAAAAUGCUGAGUCUUGGGUCAGCCACACGGCAGCUUUGCAUAGGGAGGUGACUGACAGCUCCGAGCAGGAGCAGAUCUGCCUUCCACUUGCUUGACCAAAGCAGUAAUAAGGGUGGCCGGUACAUGCAAACGAGUGGGAAGUGGAGAGAAGGGGUGCUUCCUGCCCACUGUUUCUUCUGUCCUUGGGCCACUGAAUAGUAGGUAACCACUGUUGUAAGGAACCAGCCCAACUUCCUGGCUCGGUUCGGAGUUUGUUUCAUCCCUAGCUGUGAGUGCCUUUUGGUCUGGAAAGUUGACUUGUCUCAUAAUACCCACAGCUAGGACAUUUUUCCUGUAAUUAUGAAUUGUCCUUGUUUUACUUUAAAAGAGAGUGUCUUUGAUCACUAGAGUUUGUCAGUGUUGGAUUAUUUCCACUGUGAGGUUCUUAAACUUUUUUGCUUCAUAAUAUUGAAACAGUUCAUGUUAGAUACCCUUUCCACAUGAAAGGUUUGUAGUUAAAACAUUAUAUAUAUUUUACUGUUUAUAAUAAAAACCAUCUAUACAUGGGGGCUGGGGAUUUAGCUCAGUGGUUCCGCCGCCUGCUGCACAAGCACAAGGACCCGAGUUCAAUCCCUGGUACAAAAAAAAAAAAAAAACCCAUCUAUACAAAAGAAGUCCUGGGUGUUAAUUUUAAUAUUUUGCACAAGAUCUGUUUUCCAUAUGUUAACAUCUACAAUUUCACUAACUGUUGAUGUUGUUUUCUAUCGAGAUUUCUGGAGCCUAGGGAUCUACUUGUUUUUGAUUAUUUUUGUUCUUAUUUCCCUGAAGCAAGAGACUGUAUGGCCUUCAGUGCAAAGAUUUCAGACCAAUUCUUUGUAUUACACUUGGUUGCCUCUUGGCUAUAUAACUUCUUGAGUGCAAAUCAUUGAACUCUUUAAUGAAGUAUUGUAGAGAAUAAAUCAUAAUGGGUAAAAAU